GACCAGGAGCUGCCAUCCAUCAGCGUCAUGGAUCCAGGCUGCUGUGGUUGCAGCCACCAGUGGGACACGAGACCCAGCUCUUCCCAGGAGCCUCUGCACCAUUUGGAACACUGGGCUGGAGAAAUGACCUAGAAAGAUUCAGAGCCGGAAUGCUGCGGUGUGUGCCUGCCUGCAGAGCAUCUGCGCUGCACUGCUCAGCUCUGGGGCUGCUCUGUGCCUCCUCUUCCUCACCGAGGACCCCAUGGGCAUCAGUGCAGCAGGGGUGGGUGGGGGCAAAUCCCAUCUCCUAUGAGAUGCUGCAGGCUGAGCCUUAGUGCCCCACUUGGCCAGGCAGGAGCAGAGACCCCCCCCGGGCAGCCCCCAAGCAGCAUCAGAUACCCCCAGCACAUGGAGCAGCCACGGAGAGGGGCUCAUCCCUACCGGCAGCCUCGCCGGGGCAGAGAGCAGCGGGCACCGGGCCAGGCCGUGCUGGCACCGGGCCCGCAGCCGGUCCUGCCCCUUCACUGUGACUCUGCAAAACCUCGGGGCGGGCGCGGUGGCGAUGACGGCGGUGAUGGCCGGGCCGGGAGGAAGUAAAGGAGCCCGGCUGGGCGCUGCCCUGCUCGGGGUGGAGCGGUGCGCUCGGCCGGGCCCGCAGCAGGAAGGACGAGGCCAGCUCCGGGCAGCAGCAGCAGCAGCAGCCAUGGCCGAGCCCGAGGACCAGAGCAUCCACACGCAGCACAUCUCGGCCGUGCACAACGUGCCCAUGCGCGUCCUCAUCCGGCCCAUCCCUGCGCAGCUGGAGCCGGACAAGGUGCGGAGCCUGAUGGAGACCCUACAGGAGGACCCCGAGCGGGUGCCCCCCAUUGACGUGCUCUGGAUCAAGGGCACCCAGGGCGGGGAUUACUUCUACUCCUUCGGGGGCUGCCACCGCUUCGCCGCCCACCAGGCGCUCAACCGGGAGACCAUCCCCGCCAAGAUCAUCCCGUCCACGCUCAGCGACCUCCGCACGUACCUGGGCUCUUCCACGCCGCUCCUGCGCUAGCCCGGGGCACCGGCGCGGCGGCGACAGCAGGUGGCGCUGUUGUGACGCGCUGAGCGGGUACCGACCGCUGGGACAGGGACGGGACGGACUGGGAUGGACCGGGAUGGGAUGGGAUGGACAGGGACAAGAUGAGCAGGGAUGAAGAGAGGAUGGGAGAGGAUGGACGAGGACGGGAUGGGAUGAACCGGGAGGGAACAAGACGAGAUGGACCAGGUUGAACCGGGAUGGGAUGGGACGGGACAGAAUGAACCAGGAUGAGACAGGAUGAACUGGGAUGGGAUGGGAUGAACUAGGAUGAAAUGGGACAGGACAGGCUGAACGGGGAUGGGUUGUGUUGGGAUGAUCUGAGACGGUCUGAACCAGGACGGGAUAGGACAGACUAAACCGGGUCAUAGCUCAAUGGGGAUGGGCUCAACCAGGACGGGACGGAGUGAACCGGGGCACAACUCAACCAGGAAUGGCUGAACCGGUACGAGUUGAACCGGGGCACACCGGAACUGGGCCAGGUCGCAGCCCAUCCAGGGCACCGCGGAACGAGGAAGGGACAAGGGCAAACCGGGACACAGCCAAAGCAGGACGCAGCCGUACCGGGAGGAGGCACAGCUGAACCGAAUGGCCAGGCUCCACUGAGUCUGGGCUCACCCUGUGCCUGCCCCGAAACCUUCCUGUCCCCAUCCCUGGACACAUCCCAUGGGGACACCCCUGCUCCACCUGGAAUAAAGGCAAUCAAACCCCACAGAUCUGGGGCCUGGUGUAGGGGGAA